AUGGCAGAGCAUUUGACUCUUAAUCAAGAGGUUGGAGAUAUUUUUCAACAAAAAGGUUAUUAUUUAUUAGAACCGACUUCCCUCAUUCCUCAAAAUGACCUUUCUUUGUUGUGGAUUAAUUCCGGAGUGGCUGCUUUAAAAAAAUAUUUUAAUAAUCCGGCUCUGGCUCCGGCUCGCGAUUUAGUAAAUUGUCAAAGAGUAAUUCGUACUGAUGAUUUGGCGAAUAUCAACGCUCAAUCUUAUCACCAAACUUUAUUUGAAAUGUUGGAUAUGGGUGAUGGACCUUGCGGACCAAAUACCGAGAUAUAUUUUGAUUUUCAAGACAAAAAAGAAUUACCAAAAAAUAUAGAAGAAUUGGAUAACAAAAGAUUUAUUGAAAUUUGUAAUAUUGUUUUUCCGGAAUUUUACCACCACGGCAAAGAAUAUUUACCCUUAGCCCAAAAGUGCGUUGAUACCGGAGCCGGAUUAGAAAGAAUUGCGAUGGUUGAUAAAGAAAAUCCAAUGCCGCUUGACAAAGUAUUUCGAUGCGAAAUAGAAGAAGGACAAAAAGUUAGUCCCAAAACUACUCUUUUUAUUGUCUACCUAGAAGAACAAGUUAUCAGCGUUAUUGUCUAUAUCCCCUGA